AUGGACGAUAAACCUUCGGCCACUAGUUGGGAUUCCAACGAAAUGUCUCCCUCGUCUAUCUUUUUCACGGAAGAUCAUCCAUCCCAUCAUCCAAUAUCAGUUACAUCCGAUGCGGACAAUGAAGCGGAUGCUGAAGCGGGUAAUGAAGCGGAUACUGAAGCGGGUAACGAAGCGGAUAAUGAAGCGUCGUCCCUUCUUCAUUCACGCAUGAGCGAUGAUGACCCACCUGAGGAAUAUCGACCACCAGGCCAAUACACGAUAACAUCCUAUGAGUAUCAAGGGGAAGAGUAUCAUGGGCAAACGGAUACAUUUAUCAUAGGAUCGGACGCAAGUAACAUUCUCAAGGAAGCCGAUCCUCCAAUCCCCUGUGUGCUGUGGGGUAUCAUGAUAAGAUAUAUCUUCCAACAUGAAAUCAAUGAUAGUAGCAUACCGAUCUCAGUAGACCUGGUUGUUGAGGACGAACAGGUGGAAGACGCCAUUGAAACCUUGCGCAAGGCUGGGUUCAAAGACGAUGACAACUACCCAGGCUGUCCCUACAACGGAGGAGCCUGCCCUGUCAAUGAGCUCAAGCCGGUUCACGUUUUCCACUUGUUCGAUUCAUUCUCUCAUACCCGAUUGGAGGAGAAAGCUGGUGUGAAGAAAGGUCCUCAACUGCAUCACGAUCUAAGACUCCACUUCAAAUCCAAUGUGUACUGGAAACUUCCCAAGUUCACUGUGCAGACGGAGGCCAACAAGGCGGACGAAAGCUUUAUGCUAACAUUAGACCACAGGCUCCACUGGGAGGGAGUUCACCGACCCAAUGUUAAGGAUUAUCCGCCCACUAAGAGUCCCCUGGUUCUGCCCACGCCUGCUCGGUUCGCUGAGGCCCUGGUUUACCUGAAGGUGCGAGACGAGCAUUUCAAGACAAACGAAAUAUGGUGGGAGGAGUAUUUGGAAGAACAUGUCAAGACAUAUCUUUACGUAGCUCAGUAUGGCGAUCUAUUCCAUUUGGACGCAAAACAAAGAACCCUCAGCGAGACAUGCCGACGAUGGUGGGAAUCAUGCAGGACUGGGGAAUAUACUAGCAUACCUUCCUCGACACUGCUGGAUGAAUUGGAGAAAGAGAUAAGACUCGAGAUGGGAGUGUCCGGUGAACCAGAGCCCAUUCCUCUCGACAGCCAUUGGGGACAAGAAAAUCCUCCGGAUAAUAGAACGAGCGUAUCACCCCGUGCACCAUAUUCGACAGAUGAUGAGGCGGGACCUUUUCGAAUGUCCGAGUCCGAUAGGGCGGUGGAUACAGACGAAUAG